AUGUUUGCUGCUGCUACCAAGAGCUUUGUCAAACAAGUUGGAGAUGGAGGGAGAUUAGUUCCUGUUCCAAGCCUCAGUGAGGCUGACAAAUACCAACCUCUAAGUCUGGUGGUAAAGAAGAAGCGAUGUUUUCUGUUUCCUAGAUAUAAAUUUACCUCAACACCUUUUACACUGAAAGAUAUUCUUCUAGGAGACAGAGAAAUUUCAGCUGGUAUUUCAUCUUAUCAGCUACUGAAUUAUGAAGAUGAAUCAGAUGUUUCACUCUAUGGAAGACGAGGCAACCAUAUUGUGAAUGACGUUGGGAUUAAUGUUACUGGAUCAGAUUCCAUUGCAGUAAAAGCUUCAUUUGGUGUAGUAACCAAACAUGAAGUGGAAGUAUCAACAUUACUCAAGGAAAUUACUACACGGAAAAUUAAUUCUGACCACAGUUUGAUACGCCAGUCAAGGAGCAGCAGAAAGGCAGUGUUGUGUGUGGUCAUGGAAAGCAUCCGAACCACACGACAGUGCUCACUGUCUGUGCACGCUGGAGUUCGUGGGGAAGCCAUGAGGUUUCAUUUUAUGGAUGAACAGAAUCCCAAGGGAAGGGACAAAGCUAUUGUUUUUCCAGCACAUACAACCAUAGCUUUCAGUGUUUUUGAACUCUUCAUUUACUUGGAUGGUGCCUUUGACCUUUGUGUCACUUCAGUGUCAAAAGGAGGAUUUGAAAGGGAAGAAACGGCAACAUUUGCACUGCUCUACAGAUUGAGAAAUAUACUAUUUGAAAGAAAUAGAAGAGUGAUGGACGCCAUUUCUCGUUCACAGCUUUACUUAGAUGAUCUUUUUUCUGACUAUUAUGACAAACCUCUCAGCAUGAGUGAUAUUUCACUCAAAGAAGGUACUCACAUCCGUGUUAACUUACUUAAUCACAACAUUCCAAAAGGACCUUGCAUACUCUGUGGAAUGGGGAACUUUAAAAGGGAGACAGUUUACGGGUGUUUUCAGUGCUCUGUUGAUGGGCAGAAGUACAUGCGACUUCAUGCCGUUCCUUGUUUUGACAUUUGGCACAAGAGAAUGAAAUAA